ACUUAUACCUAGUCUUUGUCGAAUCAGCUGUCAUUGAAAAGGAACCUCCCUCCAAACUGAGCUCUAAUCGAAAGCUGAAGUGCUUAGUGCACAUACCCGGUCCCUGUGUAUGUGUGAAUGUGUGUAGGAGACACAAUCCCACGCUGGCAAAGAAAGACUUACAAAGAAAACCAACGUGAGAGGAACUGAUUCAAAGGAGAUCAGGAAACAUGUUCUCAAAAAGGAAGGUCUCUUCAGGUAGCAAGCAAUCCAGUGAUCUUCCUGUGCUGAUUACACGAAUGCAGAACAAUGGAGAUCAGGUGGAAAGGGACAUUCUAGACACAGAGGAAAAACUGCGAGCGGAUAAGUUACACUCUGAGAACAAUCGUCCUUUCAAAUACCAGUCUGUGAACAAAGAUAACUUAGCUCGGUCAGAAGGACUUCUUAAGGAUCUUUUCCUGGAUGCGGACAAAGCAAAGAAGCUGAAGCACCCACAGUCUCAGGAGAUUGAAACGGACGUCAAGAGAAUGCAUGAACGCUGGGCAAAACAAUGUGCAAUGUAUCGGGAUCUCUAUGAGAAACUCAAACUGCCCAAUACAGAUAAUUCCGUGGACUGGUCUAACAUCCUGGCACAGAAACAGGCAGAGAUCAAUAAGGGUGGCUAUGGAUCACAACUGCCAGAACUUGAACGGCAGGUUGCCUCCCAUCACAUCCUGAGUAAGGAAAUCGAGGCUUAUGGGUCGCAGAUCAACAGACAGUCCAUCUCCGAUCCGGAUGAACUCAAGAGAAUUCAGAAGCAAUACAAAAAUCUGGUGGACUCCUCCAAGCAGCGUGGCCACCAGCUGGAUGAGCUCUACAACUACAUGCAGGACUGCACCAAGCAGCUGGUGUUCAUGAAUGAGCAACAGGACAAGAUCCAGAGGCAGGACUGGAGUGACCGGAUGUUGGAGCCCGAGGAAGUGCGCAAGCAGUAUGAGAGUUUCAAAGAAAAUGGGCUGUUGGCAGAGGAAGAAGCGGUCAAUAGAAUACAGGACAAUGGAGAGCGUCUGAUGAAGCUCAAGCACCCAGGCAGCCCUGCAGUUGAGGCUCACAGGGACGCUGUGAAGAAUGAAUGGCAACAGUUUCUGAAUCUCUGCAUUUGCCAGGAGGCACACCUGAAGAACGUGGAGGAUUACAGAAAGUUUCAGUAUGAUGCCGAGAAUCUCAGCCAGUCAAUCAAAAAGCACAAUGCAGAGUUGGACAACAAGUACUCCAGAUACAAUGACAAUCCCCGCUAUGUGUCUGACCUGCUCCACCAGUUUGAGGAUGAUGAGAAAAAUAUUAUCCAAAUGGACAAAGAGUUGAAUGAUCUGAAACGACGGAGCCAGCAGAUCGCACCACUGAAAGCCCGACGCACUCCUGUUUUCAAACCUUUUCCAGUGACUGCACUGUGUGACUGGAAUGAUGGAGAGAAUGAAGUAACUCGCGAUGAGAAGCUAAUGCUCCAAGACAACAAUGAUUUAGAGAACUGGGUGGUGGUGAACAAUGCUAAACAGACCCAGCGUGUCCCUGGGGCUUGCUUCAACAUCCCUCCCCCUGACUCAGAGGUCAUUGGUCAAGCAAACAAACUGGCAAAGGAACUGGAUGAUUUGAAGAAGAAACGGUCAGACACUGAGAAUAAAUUGAAAAACCGUUACAAUGAAUUAAAACAAAUGAAACCCACACAACGGGACUACUCAACCAAGGAGACCAGCUUGUUGACCCAAGCUGCAGCACCAGGAAAGGAUGAUCCCCAGAGCAAAGAUCUUCUGUCCAGGCUCAACAGGAUCAAUGACCACUUGGAAGAUACUGAGAAGGAUGUGAUGUCCCAUCUUCAUAUGCCAAUCAACCGAAGUGCUCCCAGUCAGGACAUCGCUGACCGUCUCAAGGACCAGCAGGAUAUAAAUAAUCGCUUACAGAAGAUUGGAGUAGAGAAAGAUUCUGUAAAGAAAGAGUGCGAUUCACACCUUCUGAAGAAACCCACAGGGCCCUCUGCAUCGCAGCUUCCAAAAAAGCUCAACGAUGUAAUGAAUAAGCACAAACACGUCACCUCGCUGGCCAACCAAUACCAGAACAAAGCAUCAUCACAAUUAGAGUUGGAAACCAACAUUAAAAAGGCGAAUGAUGCCAUCAAGAGAAUCGAAUCCGGUCUUGCAGAGGAGUCUGUGGUUCCUGCUACUUCCAAUGCCAUGCAGCAGAGGAAGACUGAGCUACAGAGGCUUAGGCGAGACCUAAACAACGACCAGGACAAGCUGCAGAAGGUGAACCAGGAUCUGAAAAAGACAGAGGACAGCUGCAGAACUUUGGAGUUGAAUUUCCAGGAAUACUGUCCUGAUAUCAAGAAACAACGGUUAGAAGUCCAAAAGUUGAACAAACGCUUUCAGAAUGCCAGCGAUCAACUGGACCUGAGAGAGGACAUGCUUCAGAAUGCUGAUAUGGCCCAACAGCGUUACAAAACAUCCCUGCAGGAACUCAACACCUGGAUGGACAAUCUUCCUAACAACCAAGUGCAACCCACUGCCAGCCUCAGUGAAGUCCAAAACAAACUCCAAGCCCAGAAGAAACUGGUAGACGAUAUCAAGAACCAGGAAUCUAAGAAAGAUAAACUCGUCCAUCUCUCUCAAGACUUGCAGUCAACACUGAAGGAUUAUGAAACCAACAAUGACAAGUACCGAGCAUCUCUGGACCCUAUCUCUGGCCCGAAGAAGCUAAGAACUCAGACACUGCAAGACAGCAUUAAGGAUCAGGAUAAGAACAUGGUCAAACGCUUUGCUGAAGUCUCAUCGUCAAAUGAUCAGCUGCUGAGCCAGCUGGAAUUUGUGACAAAGGUUAAGCAAAAGCACCAAGAAAGUCCAAUAGAUGACGUCGUUAUGCAACAGAAUGUGAAGUCAACAUUUGCCAGCAAAGGUGGUGACAUCCAACAACAAUACCAAGAAGAGGCAAAGAAGACCAAAUUAGCUGAAAAAACUCUUCAGGAGGAGAGCAAGAGACUUAGUCUUCUAAGAACACGUCGGCCAGUGGAUAAAAUGGAAGAGAAAGAGGUAGUGGAGUACUACAGGGACCCCAAAAUAGAAGCCAGCCUUUCUGACUUGCGCAAUGAAAUGAACCAAGUGCGGAAACAGAGACAGGAAACCCAGAGUAAUAUAAAUUCAACUAGGCAGAAAAUUAAUUUGCUGACAGAUGAUCAGAAAAAUGCCAUUACUGGGCUGCUCACUAAAGAGGUGAAAAAAAUUGAGAGGCUCCCUGCUUUGGAUGUUGAAGCUGAAAAUCUUCGCAGUGAAAUUAAUACUCUGAGAAGGGAAAAGCAGAUAACUAUUGGUGACUGGGAUCGUCUAACAAGAGAGGUCACCAUCCUUGAGCAGAAGCCAAUCAACAUUAAAGAAAAGGUUGUUGUGGUUGAAAAAGUGAAGGUAGAAAGAGACCCGAAUAUGUUGAAGGCUUCCAAAAGUCUUCAAAGCGAGAUUGAAGAUGAGGGUCAUAAAAAACAGGUGCUGACUGAAAAGAUACGCGAUAUGCUAACUCAGAUUGAGACCCUGGAGAAACAAGCCGGAAAAACUAGUCCAAAGGUAAUGAUUAAGGAGAUCAAGAAGAUAGAAAAGGACCCUCAACUUGAAAAGGACUUAGUCAAAUUCAGGAAGCUUUGUGAGGAAGAAAGCCAGAGUAAUGGUGAUCUGGAGAGAGAACUGAGUGAGCUGCAGAUGAAGUACAGAAUUAUCUAUGAUCAGAAACCAAAAAUAGAAACAAAAGAAAUAGUUCAAGAGAAUUUCCGUAUCCUUCCUGAAACUGAGCAAGAGAUAACAAAACUGAAAAAAGACAUACGAGAAACUGCCAAGAGAAGGGGUGAUGUGGAGAUGGAAAUCACCAUCGCCCAUGGGGACCUAGAAGUGCUGAAAGACAGGAAACCUCAAAUUCAAUAUAAAGAUAUCACCAAGGAAGUUGUGAAGCUUCAGAAAAGCCCAGAAAUGCUUAAGGAGAUUGAUCAACUCAAACAUAAACUCCCUCAAAUGGAUGAUGAACAUGGUGAUAUGCAGGUACAGAUUAAGAGGUUGAAAAAUGAAAGAGAUGAGUGGCGGAAAGAACGGUCAAAGAUUGAGACCAAAGUAGUGACCAAAGAUGUUGUGAAGUAUGAAGAUGACCCAAUGCUGGAUAAGGAAGUGAAGCGACUCCGAACAAUAAUCCGUGAAGAAUCGGAGAAACGAAGGAAUAUUGAAGCAAUAGUGUUUGAUUUGCAGAAUAUGUACUCUCAGUUGCAGAGGCAAAAGCCUGAAGAGAAGAUUGUGGUUCAGGAAAUGGUUCGUUUAGAAAAGGAUCCAAAACUUGCCAAAGAACACUACAGCCUGAACACAACCUUAGAUGAAGAACGAAACCAAAGGCGGAACCUGGAGAGGGAAGUCCAGCAUCUGAAAGCUCUGAUAGAGGAAAGAGAGAAAGAACUAAACCUUGAGGAGGAAAAGGGUAUUCACCAGACCAUCAAAAAUGAAAUGGAAGGAAUCAAAUAUAAAAUACGCAACCUAGAGUCCAAUCCUCCUCCCUUGGAAGAGAAGAUUGUCACCGAAGAAGUCCUCAAGGUAGAAAAGGAUCAAGGUCUCGAAAGAUUAGCUGGAUCCUUACGUCAGCAGUUAGACCAAGAAAGGAAUAAAGUUACUAAUUUGGACAAAGAAAUCAAGAAAAUUCAACUCCAGUUGGAGAUUCUCCACAAAGAGAAAUCCCAAGAAAAACUCAUCUGCAGGGAAGUUAUCCGGAUAGAAAAAGACAAGGCCUUGGAGGAAGAGCGUGCCCACACACGAGAUUUAUACAACAAGGAGAAGAAUUCCAGGCUGGACAUAGAAGAGGAAAUAAGAAGGGUUAAGGAUAGGUGCGAGAAAUUGGAAAACACGAUGGUAUCACGAACUAAGUUGGAAUCAGAUCUGAGAAAAGCCAGAGAUAAUGCUUUCCAUGAAAAGUCAGCACUGGAGGAUGAACUGAAGAACCUGGAGGCAGAAAGAGAACAAAAGACUUUUGUCCAUAAAGAGGAGUUCAAACGUCUGAGUCAGCACCAUGUGAAAGAAAAGCAAAGAAAACAAGAGCUGGAUGAUAAAGUAUCAUGGAUAGAGAAGGAGAUCAUGCAGGAGAGGGACAAAGUUCACGAGAAAGAGUACACAAUCCGAAACCUUGAGUCACAGAUCAGCAGGGAAGAAGCGCGUCAACGAGACAUCCAGAUGAGAGAAACCAAUCUGUCUACAAAGAUAUCCAUUGUGGAUCCAGAUACUGGAAAGGAAUUGUCACCCUAUGAGGCUUACAGAAGGAACAUAAUAGAUCGGGAACAAUACAUCAACCUACAGGAGCUGGAGUGUGAUUGGGAAGAGAUUUUCACCCAUGGAAUAUCAGGAGAAACCUCUGUCCUUCGAGACAAGAAGAGUGGGAAAGAAUACUCCAUUGACACUGCUCUGAAAGACAGAAGAAUCACAAAGGAAGAGCUGAAACGCUAUAGGGAUGGAAAGCUUCCAAUAUCUGAGUUUGCACUGUUGGUAGCGGGUGAAGAGAAACCAACAGCAUUACAUAUCAGCACCGUGAAUUCCAUGCCACCACUUUCUUCAAGGUAUCAAUCAACAAACUAUUCUAGCCCAGGUUUUGCAACCUACCGGGGGCACACUGACCGUGAUCAACAACCCAUAGCUGGAGUGUUUGACAACACCACUAACACAAAGAUGUCCAUCACCAGUGCCUUAAACAAGAAGCUACUCGAGCCCAUCACAGCUCAAAGGCUGCUGGAAGCACAGGCAGCUACAGGUGGGAUCAUAGACAUCUCAACCCGGGAAAGGCAUUCAGUCCAUAAGGCUUUAGACAGAAGCCUGAUUGACAGAACCCAUGCGAGAAGGUUGCUCAAUGCCCAGAAGGCUUUCACUGGGCUUGAAGACCCUGUCACUAAGGAACGCCUUUCUGUGGGGGUGGCUCUUCAGAAGGGCUGGCUGCCCAAUGAUGUUGCUCACCAGUACCUGGAAGCCCAGUACCUCACUGGGGGACUGGUGGACCCCAACCGCUCCGGCCGUGUGUCUACCAAGGAUGCCCUCAUGUCGAACAUGAUCGAUAACAACACCGCCAGAGUCCUCCAGGAAGAGUCCAACUAUGCCAGGGAUCUUGUUGAUCCCAUGACAGAGGAGAGAGUCAAUUACAAAGAACUGAUGAAGCGCUGCAAGAAAGAUGAGCUUUCUGGCCUCUUGCUUCUCCCAGCCAAGUCAGACCCACAUGUGUUUUCCAGCUAUCAAUCACCAAGCCGCUUCGACACUGGGCCUCACUACUCUUCAUACUCUGGCUUGUAUUAACUACUGCCAACAGAUACCACUGAGUGUUAAGCAUGCAUUACCUUCAACUUUUAAAACAAACAAUCUUACUAACUGUUUUGAAUUAUAUUACGCAUUUCCUUACUUUCUUUCACCAUGGGUUUAAGGCUGUUCUAAUCAAGUCUCUUUUUUAUAUAUUUAAUGGUUUAUAUAAUGGGAGAUUUCAAUGCUAUCUCAUUCUGUCUGCCACAUUUCUAUAGUAAGUGUGUGGAAAAUGGUAAGGUGCAGGAUGUGAAACAUUGGUCUGCUCUUGUGUCAUAGAGACUUCAUUACAACAUCAAAUAUUUCAUUAAUAAAGAUGAAUAUGAAAAAUAUUCAAGUCUU